UCAGAGGAACAGUGCAGGAAACUGGACAGGCCCGUUGUGUUUAGAGGGAGCUGUUCAGCACCAGUAGUUAAGUUACAUGCAACUUACCACUGAAGGGACAUAACAAUAAAGCCAAUGGCCUGGUCAGCUAUAUUGUUCCCGGACUGCUGCUGCUUCCAGUGGUUUCCCUGCUAAAUUCAAUGAAAUGGCAACGCAUGUGGGUGGAAACAAGCGUCCCCUACGAAGGAGACGAGAGGACGGAGAGAAUAAUGUCAGCGCGAAGAGGGACAAACCUGGAGCCAGUCGGUUGGAGUCUUGUUUGGAUCAGCCAAUGGAUUCAGACAGUAUCCAUGAAGUCAUCAAGUAUACGCCCUCACCGCUACCAGCCAAACAUUAUGAUGCCGAUACCACUGAACCAAUCAGCUGUGGGCUUCUGACUUUGGAGGAGCUGUUGUCGUGGAAACGAAGCGAGGCAAACCCAUUUGUGGGAGUGGUGCCUCUGGCACCUCGGGCGCCUUCUCUGGCCAGUUGUCCACGUCGGACCCUGGUCUCUCAUGACAUGAUGGGCGGCUACCUAGACGACAGGUUUGUCCAGGGGACAGUUGCAGAGGCUCCUUAUGCCUUCUACCACUGGCAGUACAUUGAUAUUUUCAACUACUUCACACACAACCUGGUGACUAUUCCUCCUGCUGUGUGGACCAAUGCCGCACAUAAACAUGGAGUCGUUGUUCUAGGGACUUUCAUCACCGAGUGGACUGAUGGCGCAGAGAUAUGCAAGGCCUUCCUGAAAGACGAGGAGUCGUACCGGGCAGUGGCUGAUAAGCUAGUCCAGAUCAGUCACUGUUAUGGCUUUGAUGGCUGGCUCAUUAACAUAGAGAACCCCCUCAGCGAGGUUACAGUGAAGAACACGCCUUUGUUCCUGCGCUAUCUGACUGACCAGAUGCACGAGCGAUUGUCCGGCAGCCUGGUCGUGUGGUACGACAGUGUGAUCGAAAACGGACAGCUAAAAUGGCAAAAUGAACUCAACCAGUCCAACAGGAUGUUUUUCGAUGCUUGUGAUGGUUUAUUCACCAACUACAACUGGACGGAGCAGAACCUGGAGUGGAUGAGUGAAUUCAGUGGGGUCCAAGGCCGCCAGGCUGAUGUCUACAUCGGGGUGGAUGUGUUCGCCCGAGGCAAGGUGGUGGGAGGAAUGUUCGAAACAAAUAAGGCACUGGAGAUCAUUCGGAAGCACAACUUCUCUGCAGCCAUCUUUGCUCCGGGCUGGGUGUAUGAGACCCACCACGAUAAGACCGAAUUUCGCAAGAACCAGGACAAGUUCUGGGCUCUUCUGUCAGACUACCUGUACAUCCAUGGGCCAGCCUCGUCUCUCCCCUUCAUCUCCUCCUUCUGCCAGGGCUUUGGGAAGGCUAUCUACUGGAAAGGAAAGCGUGAGGUGAUGAGGAGCUGGUUCAACUUGACUGCCCAGGAGAUCCAGCCCCUGUACUACCACACCGAGCUGGAGGGCCAGGGCUGGCUGAGGAGCCGCGGCUGCCCCGAGGACGCCUGGAACGGAGGCUGCUCACUGCUGCUGGACGGACUCAUCCCUGCUACACGCACAUCUCCAGUUUGUGCAAAGAUCUUCUCCCUCCAUGUACCCCUGGCAUCCAAGACUCUGGUGACCCUCGUCUACAAGCCAUCCACUGGGAUCACAGUUUCCCUGGAGCUGAAGACAGCAGAUGCCAGUCUUUGCACACACUUGGACGUCCAGGAUGUCAAACUUACCAGCGUGUCUCCUGCGGUACUGGAUGAGGGGCACCAGUUGGUGAGCCAGUUCUCUCAGCUGUGUGGCAACUUGAGUCCAGAUGGUUGGACUGUCAGGUGUUCGCAGUUGGAGCUCCGCGGCUGUGCUCUUAGAGAAGUGAGUGUCAACAUCCAGCGGGAUGGAGAGCCUCAGGACACACCUUUCAGCUGCAGGGUGGGAGAAAUCAUGCUUUUGGAUGUAGACAGUCUGCAAGUUCCCCCUGAGCGUGUUCAGGGCUUGUGCAUUUACGACGUGGUGUGGCUGCGCGGGGCUGGUACCUUGUCAGAGUCCACCUCUCCCUGCCUGUACCUCAACGCCACACUGCGCUGGGACUUCCCGACUGAGCUCAUACGUCACUUCAGGGUGUACUGGCGACGGCUGAGAGGACCUGAUCCCCGAAUCCGCUCAGGUGAGCUGGUUCUGGUGGGCCGGGCAUAUUCUAAUCUUUUUAGAGUAACGGAGCUGGAGGUGCCGGAACCACCCGGCCUGCUGGAGCUGGUGGUGGAGCCCGUGAUCAGGAAGGGUUUCCCGGUCCCAGAGAGACACUGGGGAAGAAGAAGCCUCAGCUAUACAGAUGACUUAACACAGUGACUUGACAUAACCGCUUCUCCUCAUGGAAACCAACCAUGGCUCUGAUGUGAAAAUCACCGUUCCCAAGUUGGAGCCUACACUUGGUUUUGGCUCAAAAGUUUUCCGGUUGGCUACUUAUUCCGCUGACAUCACAAAACUUUGGAUUUUGGGGGAGAAGGCAACGUGGGGCUGUCGAUCAAACAUGAACAUGUUGCUAAUGUGCUCGAAUCAUUCCGCCUUGCUUUAUUGCACCUACUGUAACCAAGCCUAUAUUUUCUGUCUGUCUACUGUCCACCUGAGCUUUCAGUCAUAUCACAUGGCUUUCAUCAGGGCAACAGAUUAAAGUACAGAGCAUGUUAACAGAUGACAACUGGGUAAAGAAGCUGAGGAACUUCUGAUAUGGUUAAAAGCUGCAGGAAACAACUAGUAUGUGGAUCUGAAAGAGUGUAUUUUAUUAAAUCAAGAGUACCAUGAGAAGAUUGAUACCACUCUUAAGUGGAUGAUUAUUGUACCCAAAUUUAUUAUUUCUCUCGUGCAGAUUACCAUCUGACUGACAUUUCAAUAUUACAUGAAAACAGUAAUGAAACGGACAGCUUCACUAUUUACUGAAUUUUGACUGUUUAAAAACAGCCGUUUCAAAUGUUUUCACCAUAUGCUGACCCAAAUUGAGCACCGUCAGACAACCUGAUUACUAUAAUCAAAUUGAGACAGUAUUUGUAUAGGGAUGAUUGUCCCAAGCAUUUUGAUCCAUACAAGCUGAAUCACUAACUGAUCACUUAUACGCGGCUUCCACUGUACUAACCUUUAUGAUCCACAGAUGUGCUUGAUAAACUGUAUGUUAGUGAUAUGUAUGCACAAAAAAAAAAAAAAAGUGAAGUGAGA